AUGAGUUCUGGGCAGAGCUUCCCGAGCCUGCACAGCUUCAAAAGCCUGCACGGCCUCCAGGGCCUGCACGGCCUCCAGGGCCUGCACGGCCUCCAGGGCCUGCACGGCCUCCAGGGCCUGCACGGCCUCCAGGGCCUGCAGGGCCUCCAGGGCCUGCAGGGCCUGCACGGCCUCCAGGGCCUGCACGGCCUCCAGGGCCUGCACGGCCUCCAGGGCCUGCACGGCCUCCAGGGCCUGCACGGCCUCCAGGGCCUGCACGGCCUCCAGGGCCUGCACGGCCUCCAGGGCCUGCACGGCCUCCAGGGCCUGCACGGCCUCCAGGGCCUGCACGGCCUCCAGGGCCUGCACGGCCUCCAGAACCUGCAGGGCCUCCAGACCCUGCACGGCCUCCAGAGCCUGCACGGCCUCCAGAGCCUGCACGGCUUCAAGAGCCUGCAGAGGCUGUGCAGGCUCUGCAGGCUGUUGCAGGCUCUGGAGGAUGUGUAUACUCUGCAUGCAUUGCAGACUCUGGAGGCCGUGCAGGCUCCGGAGGCCGUGCAGGCUCCGGAGGCCGUGCAGGCUCCGGAGGCCGUGCAGGCUCCGGAGGCCGUGCAGGCUCCGGAGGCCGUGCAGGCUCCGGAGGCGGUGCAGGCUCCGGAGGCUGUGCAGGCUCCGGAGGCCGUGCAGGCUCCGGAGGCCGUGCAGGCUCUGGAAGCUGUGCAAGCUGUGCAGGUUUUGAAGAUUGUGCAGGCUCUGGAGGCUGUGCAGGCUGUGCAGGCUCUGCAGGCUGUGGAGGCUGCUCUGGAGGCUGUGCAGGCUCCGGAGGCCGUGCAGGCUCCGGAGGCGGUGCAGGCUCCGGAGGCUGUGCAGGCUCCGGAGGCCGUGCAGGCUCCGGAGGCCGUGCAGGCUCUGGAAGCUGUGCAAGCUGUGCAGGUUUUGAAGAUUGUGCAGGCUCUGGAGGCUGUGCAGGCUGUGCAGGCUCUGCAGGCUGUGGAGGCUGCUCUGGAGGCCGUGCAGGCUCUGGAGGCCGUGCAGGCUCUGGAGGCCGUGCAGGCUCUGGAGGCCGUGCAGGCUCUGGAGGCCGUGCAGGCUCUGGAGGCCGUGCAGGCAACGGAGGCCGUGCAGGCAACGGAGGCCGUGCAGGCUCCGGAGGCCGUGCAGGCUCCGGAAGCCGUGCAGGCUCCGGAGGCCGUGCAGGCUCCGGAGACCGUGCAGUUUCCGGAGGCGGUGCAGGCUCCGGAGGCCGUGCAGUUUCCGGAGGCGGUGCAGUUUCCGGAGGCGGUGCAGGCUCCGGAGGCCGUGCAGGCUCCGGAGGCCGUGCAGGCUCCGGAGGCCGUGCAGGCUCCGGAGGCCGUGCAGGCUCCGGAGGCCGUGCAGGCUCUGGAAGCUGUGCAAGCUGUGCAGGUUUUGAAGAUUGUGCAGGCUCUGGAGGCUGCUCUGGAGGCUGUGCAGGCUGUGCAGGCCGUGCAGGCUCUGGACGCCGUGCAGGCUUUGGAGGCCGUGCAGGCUCUGGAGGCCGUGCAGUUUCCGGAGGCGGUGCAGUUUCCGGAGGCGGUGCAGGCUCCGGAGGCCGUGCAGGCUCCGGAGGCCGUGCAGGCUCCGGAGGCCGUGCAGGCUCCGGAGGCCGUGCAGGCUCCGGAGGCCGUGCAGGCUCUGGAAGCUGUGCAAGCUGUGCAGGUUUUGAAGAUUGUGCAGGCUCUGGAGGCUGCUCUGGAGGCUGUGCAGGCUGUGCAGGCCGUGCAGGCUCUGGACGCCGUGCAGGCUUUGGAGGCCGUGCAGGCUCUGGAGGCCGUGCAGGCUCUGGAGGCCGUGCAGGCUCUGGAGGCCGUGCAGGCUCUGGAGGCCGUGCAGGCUCUGGAGGCCGUGAAGGCUCUGGAGGCCGUGCAGGCAACGGAGGCCGUGCAGGCUCCGGAGGCCGUGCAGGCUCCGGAGGCCGUGCAGGCUCCGGAGGCCGUGCAGGCUCCGGAGGCCGUGCAGGCUCCGGAGGCCGUGCAGGCUCCGGAGGCCGUGCAGGCUCCGGAGGCGGUGCAGGCUCCGGAGGCCGUGCAGGCUCCGGAGGCGGUGCAGGCUCCGGAGGCGGUGCAGGCUCCGGAGGCGGUGCAGGCUCCGGAGGCGGUGCAGGCUCCGGAGGCGGUGCAGGCUCCGGAGGCGGUGCAGGCUCCGGAGGCGGUGCAGGCUCCGGAGGCGGUGCAGGCUCCGGAGGCCGUGCAGGCUCAGGAGGCCGUGCAGGCUCCGGAGGCCGUGCAGGCUCCGGAGGCCGUGCAGGCUCCGGAGGCCGUGCAGGCUCCGGAGGCCGUGCAAGCUCUGGAGGCUGUGCAAGCUGUGCAGGUUUUGAAGAUUGUGCAGGCUCUGGAGGCUGCUCUGGAGGCUGUGCAGGCUAAGCAGGCUGUGGAGGCUCUGGAGGCUGUGGAGGCUGUGCAGGCUGCUCUGGAGGCUGUGCAGGCUGUGGAGGCUGUGGAGGCUCUGGAGGCUGCUCUGGAGGCUGUGCAGGCCCUGGAGGCCGUGCAGGCCCUGGAGGCCGUGCAGGCCCUGGAGGCCGUGCAGGCUCUGGAGGCCGUGCAGGCUGUGCAGGCUCUGGAGGCUGUGCAGGCUGUGCAGGCUGUGCAGGCUGUGGAGGUUGUGCAGGCUCUGGAGGCUGCUCUGGAAGCUGUGCAAGCUGUGCAGGUUUUGAAGAUUGUGCAGGCUCUGGAGGCUGCGCAGGCUGUGCAAGCUCUGGAAGCUGUGCAGGCUCUGGAAGCUGUGCAAGCUGUGCAGGCUCUGGAAGCUGUGCAAGCUGUGCAGGUUUUGAAGAUUGUGCAGGCUCUGGAGGCUGCGCAGGCUGUGCAAGCUCUGGAAGCUGUGCAGGCUCUGGAGGCUGUUAUUAGCUAG